AAAUUGAAAUAAUACAUUUAAAAAAUCGCUCCAGACCUGUUCAGUAUUUUAGCACAUUCACCCAUUUGUUAACUCUAAUCUUACCCCACCCUGUAUCAACAGAUAUUUUUCUAAAAUACACUAGACCUUAAUGCCUACUACUUUUCUAUUGAACUGUUUUACCUCAAUUGAAAACUAUGGUUGGAUGUAGGUUGCUUCCAGCCAAUGCAAGCUGAACAUUGGUAAACAGCACUAGUUACAUGAUGGCAAUUUCGGGUGUUAACAGCUUUGCCCAAGUAAAUAAUUUGUUUAUACGGAAAUUUUAGUAUCGCAUUUUAGUACUCUUCGGAGCAGCAAGCAAAUUUUUAGUUAGUUAACAAAAUGAUUGAAGUGAAUAAGCUGGCUUUAUUCAAGUGCUUCGAAUUGAGCCUUGCCGCUAUAUGUUUCGGGUUCCACUACAAAAGUCAAGCGUUGAGUUUCUACUCAGAUUCCCUGGCUAUAACAGCGUAUGGCGGAUUUUUGAUUAUAACCACUGGAAGUUUAAUAGGAUACCUAAUUGAGAUGCCCAUUAAUAGGACGCUUGAUGUGUUCUUUUCCCUGGUAGGUUGGCUCCUGUUUUCCACUGCGGGCAUCUUGCACAUUGACUUUUUCCGACAAUACGCUGAAUCCGAUUGGAAGCACUACGGGCUAGCUAAAGGAAUUUUGUCUAUUAUCAAUGGGGUGGGAUUUUUAGCCAAUACCGUAGCUACUUGGAGGGCCGGUGGUUAGUUAUUGCAUUUAUCAACUGCUGCAAUUCAUCAGUCUUUUACUAGCCGUUGUAUAAUACAUAUAAAUCCUACAGUAUAAAUGCUAUGUUUGAAAGUGUAAA